AUGGCACUUGUUAGAGAUGUUCGUCUUUCAAGGCGAUUGGGCUGGGUUCUCCCCCACCCCCAGACAAGGAGGCUCUCUACCCUCACUGCCCAGAGCUGGUCCUAUCCACCCUCGGUUUCUGACGUUGCCAAAGAUGAGGUGACGAGGCUCGCGUCUAGUCCACGGCGUCCGUUGACGCUCACAGACCUCCUCAAACAUGGACGCCCGCCCCUCUCACAAGAGGCCCUCCUCGCAUCAGCGAACUUUACCCUCUCAUUACUUCCUACUCGCCUAGCCUACCGGAUCCAAGCACUGAGAAAUCUUCCGUUCAUUGUCGUGUCCAAUCCGCAUAUAUCUAAAAUAUACAACAAUUAUCUGCAUUCUCUUUCGACCCUUCUUCCGUAUCAGCAGCGACGCAUUACUACCAUGGAGGAGGAGAUACAGUUUACAGAUGUCAUGGCUGAUCUUGUCCAGACCCAUACAAAUACUAUACCCGUGCUGGCACGAGGAUUUCUGGAAUGUAGAAAGUAUAUUAACUCCGCCGAAGUCACCAAAUUUCUUGAAGAACACUUGCGAGCCCGAAUCGGUACCCGAUUAAUCGCCCAGCAGCAUCUGGCAUUACAUAUGGCUUCACAACCACCAUUAGAUGGUACGAAACAGGGAUUGACUACACUACCAAACUACAUUGGAGUAAUCGAUACCGCGCUUCGGCCCGCACAGUUGAUUCGAACAUGCGAAGAAUUUGUUGCGGAAAUAUGUGAGCUGAAAUAUGGCGUUCGACCGCGUCUUGUGAUUGACGGAGAACCGGAUGCCACUUUUGCACAUAUACCUGUUCAUGUGGAAUACAUCAUUACGGAAUUAUUGAAGAAUGCCUUUCGGGCAGUUGUGGAAUCGGGCAACGAACGUGAGCCUGUGGAGGUCACUAUCGCUGCCGCCCCAGACGUGCCAGACCACCAUGUGCAAGAGCAUUCCCCAGGAGGUGGGAAGCCAUUAGAUGCUGAAGUGGAUUUCCGUAUUGGCAAGGACAUUGGGGAAUUACCUGACAGAAAUGAGCUGCUUGCUCCCCUUUUCUCCCCAAGUCAAGGUAUCACGAUCCGCAUCCGUGAUCGUGGAGGCGGAGUACAUCCCGAUCUCCUUUCUAAUAUCUGGUCCUACAAUUUUACCACAUAUAAAGAUGACGAUAUUCCAAGUGGAGACAAUGGAAACAUUGACGCGCUCAAUGCUUUCUCCGGUAGCGGAACCAAUACCAGUAGCAUCGCUGGCCUUGGCUACGGGUUACCCUUAAGUAGAGCAUAUGCAGAAUACUUCGGUGGUAGUAUUGCAUUGCAGAGCCUGUGGGGAUGGGGAACGGAUGUAUAUCUAACUUUACAGGGUGUGGGAAAAGUUGAAUAG